GAAGCCUUCCAAGUUUUCAAAUCCAUGGAGGAAAGGAACCUGCAGUCGUGGACGAUCAUGAUUUCAGGAUUUGCGGUUAAUGGCCAUAGGAAAGAAGCAAUCGCUCUAUUCUCUCAAAUGGAAGCUUCUGGUCUGAAACCAGACAGCACUUUGUUCUCCAUCAUCUUAAGUGCUUGCAGCCACUUGGGUAUGGUAGAUGAAGGCCGGAGCUAUUUUAGCAAGAUGGUGGAUGCAUACAAUAUCCAACCGACAAUCGAGCAUUAUGGCUGCAUGGUCGAUUUGUUUGGACGAGCAGGUUUGGUGGAUACUGCUUAUGAGUUCAUAAAAAACAUGCCUAUUGCUCCAAAUGGUGUUAUACUAAGGUCUUUCUUCGGAGCAUGCAGGAAAAAUGGUAAAAUUACCAUUGUGGAUGGUGAACUGAAUCGAUUGAUGAAGCUUUUGCUCCAAGAGGAGCCUGAUCUUGGAGCAAACUAUGUGCUUGCUGCUAACAUGUCCGCAUUGUCUGAUAAAUGGAGUGAUGCAGCCAAGCUACAUGGCAGCAUUCCAGAGAGGGGUUUGAAGAAAGUUGCUGGAUGCAGUUGGGUGGAAGUGCAUGGAAGAAUUGUUGAAUGGGACGAAAUGGGAAUUGGUGGAUGACCAUGAUGCUGAAAAAUGUUGCCUAUAAAUGGGGCUUUGACAGAAUAAUACUAGCUUCAGGCCAAUGUGAUGCAUGAGGAAGAGGGUGAUGAAGGCUUGAGAAUGAGAUUAUUUUGUUGCUGUGGAAGCCAUGGCCAUCAUUUUUUUUUCCUAGUUAUGUCAGCCUGCAUUGUAUGUUGGCAUUGAUCUUUAGGCGGCUGUUUUUAAGGGGAUGCAUGGUUAGGUCAAGGGGAAAAAAGAUAUGGCAAGAUAGUAACAUGGUGAUGGCAAAAUUUUUGAUGUUUUUUUUUACUUGCAUGUGAUGCAUUUUUUUCCUGAACAAAUAAACUAGUAUUUGUCGACAACAAUAUUUGUGCUAGGAAGUUAAUAUAUAUUGUGGAAAUUCAUUAAAA